CGACCUGAAACCACAAGCAGCUGCUGACCCACAUCCACACUGGGAGUGCUGUGGAGCAGGCACUACCUGCACCCACAGUAGGUGAAGGGGACCCCCUGCGUGGGGUGUCCCGUCCCCCCCCGGAUUGGCCACAGGUGGCUUUGCUGGGCAGCAUUGGAGUCGGAGGAAAACAGGCUGAGAGGGGGAUUAGCCCUCCAGAGAGGACACGGUUGCCCUGAGAGAAGGAGCGGGGCCACUCGACGGGCACUGGAUCCCUGCAGACAUCGCCCUGUGCCCGGCUGACUGCGUGUUCACCAUGGAGCAAAGUGCCAGCGGGACCAUCUAACCGGGCACCCUGGUCCAGAGCUGUGUAGUGCCAGCCAGAGGGAGAAGGGAGCACUGUGGACAGGUCUGCUUAGCCCUCGGGGGCUCAGCCUGCGCUCGGGAGGUCGUCGCUCGGUUGCGCAGCAAUUGGAGAUUUCUCUCUCUCUGCCCUACCUCCUCUCAGCUUUUCCCCUCCCAGACUAGACGAUGGGGAGAGCUGACCCAGAAGAAGGGCAGCUCCCAGCUCCUGUGAAGCCCCCAGAUGGUGGCUGGGGCUGGAUCGUGCUCUUUGGCUGCUUUGUGAUCACCGGCUUCUCCUAUGCCUUCCCGAAAGCUGUCAGUGUCUACUUCAAGGAGCUCAUGAAAGAUUUCCAUGUGGGCUACAGUGACACAGCCUGGAUCUCUUCCAUCAUGCUGGCCAUGCUCUAUGGGACAGGACCAGUAUGCAGCAUCAUGGUGAACCAGUUUGGCUGCCGGCCUGUGAUGCUCAUCGGUGGGCUGCUAGCUUCUGCUGGCAUGAUCCUGGCAUCUUUUACCACCAAUAUCAUUGAGCUUUAUCUGACAGCUGGCGUGCUGACAGGUCUGGGUAUGGCAUUGAACUUCCAGCCCUCACUGAUCAUGCUGGGUACCUACUUCGACAAGCGUCGGCCUCUUGCCAAUGGCCUGGCAGCUGCUGGGAGCCCUGUCUUCCUUUCCUCACUCUCUCCGCUGGGGCAAGUUCUUCUGGAGAAGUUUGGUUGGCGAGGAGGGUUCCUUAUCAUGGGGGGCCUUCUGCUUAACUGCUGCACUUGUGGGGCAGUCAUGAGACCCCUGGAUGCGGGCAUGAAGCGGAAGAUGGAGAAGACUCAGGACAAAUACGAAGCCAAGGAGAUGCUGCCCAUAGGAGGGAAGUCAGAGGAGGGAAUCAGCACCGCUGAUGGAACCAGGAAAGCCCAGAAAGCCAAGAAGCCGCCCAAGAAAGGGAAGAAACUCCUGGAUUUUAGUAUCUUUUCCAACCGAGGGUUUAUCAUUUACACUAUUUCAAAGUUCAUCCUGGUCUUGGGUCUCUUCGUGCCCCCCAUAUUGCUGGUCAACUAUGCCAAGGACACAGGUGUACCAGACACAGAGGCUGCAUUCCUGCUCUCCAUCAUUGGUUUCAUAGACAUCUUUGCCCGCCCGGCCUGCGGCAUGGUGGCAGGGUUGAAGUGGGUCCGCCCUCACGUGGCGUACCUGUUCAGCUUCUCUAUGCUCUUCAAUGGCCUGACCGACAUCUGCAGCGCCAGGGCCAGCAAUUACACGGGGCUGGUCAUCUUCUGUGUCUUUUUUGGCAUCUCCUACGGCAUGGUGGGAGCACUGCAGUUCGAGGUCCUGAUGGCCAUUGUUGGCUCCCAGAAGUUCUCCAGCGCCAUUGGGCUGGUCCUGCUCAUCGAGGCUUUUGCUGUGCUCAUCGGUCCACCCUCUGCAGGCCGUUUGGUCGAUGCUCUCAAGAACUACGAGGUGAUCUUCUACCUGGCGGGCUCGGAGGUCGCGCUCUCCGCUCUUUUCCUGGCCAUGGCCACCUACUGCUGCCUGAACCGAGGGAAGAAGAAGGAUUCUCCUCCGGAGAAGAACCCCUCUGGAGGCAGCGGGAGCGACACCGAGGAAGCGGAAUCCGAUGUGCAGGAAGCCGAUGAGCACAGCAGCGACAACCACCAGCCAGCCCACAGCACCGACAACGCCGUGGUGGCAGCCAACGAGGAGGCCAACCACGUGGCAGAGGAGCAGAGCGGGGAGGGAGGCGGGUGUCCUGAGGGGGACGGGGAAGUGUUGGCACGAGAUGGCUGCAACGCUGACCCGAAGGUGGAGAGGGACAGUUUUUAGCCAGGGCAGAGGAACAGGGAUGUAAAAAACUGGCCUUGUUUGCACGUACCUCAAGCGUGGGAGGGUAGGUGGGAUAUGGGGUGGAGAAAGCUGAGACAAAAGCAGAUGUAAGAAGAAAGAGGGAGAGGUAUAAGAAUAGCUGGUCCUUAUGUACAUAUGCCCACAUACCUACCCAGUGAUACCUCUGCUUGCAUCCUGCACCCGUGCUGGUACAACGCAGGCUCAGAGCAGCCCAAACACCAAAAAGAAAAUAUAAUUAUAAUCUUCUUUCCUUACUUCCAAACCAGCCCGGGAGAAAGUCUUCUGAAGAGGCUGCCAAGGACUCUCCUUUUCCUUCUGCAUUGUCACAAUACAGAACACAAACAAUUAGA